AUGGCCUGGUUAUUUCGCACUCGAGUGCCACGUUUACGUGGCGAAAGAACACCAGAGGAGGCUUCUCUUGAGAGGGGAGAUGACUUCAACGCCCUCCAACGAUAUCGAUUGAAUGUGUGGGAGAGAUACGGCGAUGAGGCACCUGACAGCACGGUCUCUGUUGCGUUUUUGCGCACGGAAGAAUCUCUUCGAAAGAUAUGUCAAAAGGAGAUCGCCUUGAAGGAGCCCAAGAUCCCGUCUCAGAUACGGACGUUGCGGGAGUUGAAACGCAACGCGUGGUUUCUGGAGCGCGAAUGGUCGUACUUGCGAAGCGAAAUUACAGAAAGUCCUUCCGUUCUCGAAAGGGCGUUCAAGCAAUGGAGGUCUGAUCCGCGAUGGUAUAUGCAUAGUGUCCUCGUCGAAGAUUGCGUGAAUCGAGGGGGCUGUUGCAGCCGUAGCUGUGGAUGCUGUGUGAGCCGUGAGCGCCAGACGAGCUCUGUAGGUGAACUUGGGAUUGGGCAUUGCACCGUGGAAUGUGGGUGUUGUUGCGAAGCUCGAGGGUUUGACCUGACAGCGGAGGAAAAGAGAAACUUGGAAAUGCGAUUCGGAUUUCUUGAUAUGGCUGGCGAUGGUUUACUCGAAGACUAUGUCUACCAAGACCGUAUUUACUUUGCUUCGGUGUGGGGGCUCUUGAGGAACGCUACGUGUCAUGAAUACGAACAAUCCUAUCACAAGGAGGCCUCGGUCCCAAUCUUCCAGUCUGAACCGGUCAAAUGCGAGGGAGCCAGCAUCGUGGGUGACUCGGAAACGUUGCCUGAAGAUGACCCCGGAGAAGGAAGUGACUCAACAAUCAUAGUGAUCUAG